GUUUAUUGUUUUGGUGUAUGAAUGAUUAUUAUUCAUCGCGUCGCUGAUUCCGCGUUGUGUGCGACUGUUUUCAUACCUAAAUAUUUCGAACAAUUUGAGCUGAUUUAAUAAGAUUGUAUGUAAACGGAAGGGGUGAAUACUAUUAUCCAGAAUCUUCUAUCUGAGAAUGUUUAAGAACACUUUCCAAUCUGGAUUUCUCUCCAUCUUAUACAGCCUUGGGAGCAAACCUUUGCAGAUAUGGGACAAAGAAGUUGUGAAUGGACAUAUAAAGCGACCACAGGAUGAAGACAUACAAUCAAAUGUGCUGGAAAUAGUUGGAUCAAAUAUUCAGUCGACAUACAUUACAUGCCCAGCUGACCCAGCUGCAACACUUGGCAUAAAACUUCCAUUCCUUGUUAUGAUUGUGAAGAAUCUAAAGAAGUAUUUCACUUUUGAGAUUCAAAUUUUGGACGAUAAGAAUGUCAGAAGACGAUUUCGAGCAUCUAAUUUCCAAGCUGUCACUAGAGUUAAGCCAUACAUUUGCACCAUGCCGCUUAGAAUGGAUGAUGGGUGGAAUCAAAUCCAGUUGAACUUAGCGGACUUCACGAAGAGAGCAUAUGGCACAAAUUAUAUGGAGACCCUGCGGGUUCAAGUGCAUGCAAACUGUCGCCUGAGAAGGAUAUAUUUCUCCGAUCGCUUGUAUUCUGAAGAGGAACUACCACCAGAAUUCAAAUUGUACCUUCCGAUGCAGAAAGCAUGAACAAGUCAUAGCAUGAGGAAUUCAGAGCCUGAAGGCGAGCGAUGGAUUUUUUUUUUGGAACACUAUAAUUGUUCUAUUUCCCCUCUUUCUGUCAGAAAUUAAGCAGUAGUUUGGUUCUGAUGUAUGGUGAUUUAUGCUUAUAUGUGAUAGUAUCUUGCUAAGAACACAAUGAUGAAUGAGAUGCAACUGGGAUUGCAUGAAUAAUGUACAUUACAUGGUUAUAUGAAAGCUGGCCUGUAUGCUUUUCUAA